ACCCACACUCAUGCAACUGGCACUAGAGAGGCUGCUGAGGGAGGAGGCCUUGAUCAUCUCUGCUCUGGAGGACCUGCCUGUAGGAAUGUUCCCAGAGAUGUUUGAGGAGGCCUUCAAUCUCAGAUUUACAAACAUCCUAGGGGCAAUGGUGCCUGCCUGGCCUUUCCCAUGCCUUCCUGCAGGAGGCAUGUUUUACAACCCCCAUCUGGAGACUCUGAAAGCUCUGCUUGAUGGACUGCAUGUGUUGAUUACAGGGAAGGUUCAUUCUAGGUCAAAACUCAGAGUGCUUGAUUUGAUAAAUGUGAACCUUGACUACUGCAACCUUAAUGCUGGAAGCCAUGAAGGUGACUGCUCACCACAAGCCAUGAGGCAGCAACAUGGGCCAAGCAGCAGGAAGGUUCCAUUCGUGUAUGCUGUAGAAGGCUGCAUGCAUAUUUGCAAUGCACUUGUCUUCACUGCCACACGGCUCUUCAAAAUGAAUCUCUGUGCAAAUGGCAUGUACUUUCUAACAGGCUGCCUUGAAGAGUCGCUCAGGUACCUGAGCAACCCCAUGGGGGGACUCUGUAUCACUGACUGCUGGCUCUCACAUUCAGACCUGGAUUACUUGAGCCAGUGUCUGAUUGUCUGUGAGCUCAAACAUCUAGACCUGAAUUGUGUAGAGCUAUCUGAUUCAUUCCCUAAGCUUCUUGGGUUCUCCUUGAACAAGUACCCUGAAAACCCUGGUGUAUGUGAUACCCUGGAAUUGGAGGGGUGCAACUUGACAGACUCUCAUUUCAGUGCCCUCUUGCCUGCCCUGACCCAAUGCUCCCAGCUUACCAAGAUCAAUUUCUAUCAUAAUGAUAUCUCUCUGCUUGUCCUGGAGAGCCUUCUACAACACACAGCCAAGAUGAGAAAGCUGACCCAGGAGCUGUACCCCACCCCUCCGGAAUGCUAUGAGGACAUUACAAUUCUUAGAGACAAACUUACACAACUUUGUCCUGAGCUGCUGGAUAUACUCAGGGUAGAAAGGCAGCACAAGAAAGUCUCUUUUCUACAAGAGUCUGUUUUGUCUGUUAUCAGUCCUGUUUCUCGAACCACAAGGCCAGACUUUGCCUUUGUUCAUAUGUAG